UCGGUUCCCCAAAAUAUACACAACCAAGAACUUGCCAAAACCUCCCACACAAAAAUUCCGCAGAAAAUGUCCAACAGAACCCCAAUACCAACCUCAAAAGAGCUACUAGAAGCCCAAAACCAUCUAUGGAACCAAAUCUUUAGCUUCAUGAACUCCUUCUCCCUAAAAUGCGCCGUUGAGCUCGGCAUCGCCGAUGCCGUUCACGAUCACGGUGACCCAAUAACCAUAUCUGACCUCGCCACGGCCCUCAACAUCCCCUCCUGCAGACUCCACAACUUCCGACGUUUCAUGAGCCUAAUGACCCACAACGGCUUUUUUAGACAAAGCACCUCCGAAAACGGCGAAACUACAUACUCCCUCACACGCAACGCCUCCCUCCUCAUCAAACAAAAGGGGGAGUCAAUAACUCCGUUCAUUGAACUUGCGCUGUAUCAACCAUUGCUUGAUCCAUGGCAGCACCUGAGCUCAUGGUUCAAGUGCGAAACCCCAUCGACCGCAUUCGAGCUUUGUCAUGGCAUGUACAUUUGGGGGGCUACGGGCGAAAUGCCCGGGCUAGCCAAGACGGUGAGCGAUGGAUUGGAUAGUGAUUCAGCUGCGGUUGCUAGGGUUAUUGUUGACGAUUGCGGUGAUCAGUUUGAAGGGGUUAAGUCUUUGGUUGAGGUGGCGGGAAAUAAAGGGAAGAUUGCUUUGGAAAUCAAGAAAAAAUUUCCGGAGAUUAAAUGUAGUUUGUUUGAGCUGCCUCAUGUGAUUGAUGCUCUCGAGAAGAGUGAGGAUAUUGAGUACGUUGCUGGUGAUAUGUUUGAGGGAAUUCCAGCUGCCGACGUGCUGAUUCUCAAGUCUGUACUGGUUACUUGGAACGACGAGGAGUGCGUGAACAUACUUCAGAGAUGCAAGGAGGCGAUCCCCAACAAGAUAAAUGGAGGAAAAGUGAUCAUAAUCGACAAAGUUAUCGAUGCAAAUAUUGAGCUUCCAAAAUUCAACGAAACCCAAAUAUACUUCGAUAUGCAUAUGAUGGUUCACGUCACAGGGAAGCAGAGAACUGAGAAUGAAUGGAAGAAGCUCUUCACUGAAGCUGGAUUCAAAGAGUGCAAGAUAACUCCGGCUUUGGGCAUUCGUUGUAUUAUUGAGAUAUCGUAUUAGUUAGUUAAGUCAUUUGAUGAAUAUAUUGGUUUGUCUAUAUUUGUAUGUUAUGUAUGUCAGUACGUAUGUGUAUUAAUGUUGUGGUUUGGUUU